AUGCCGACGGAGACGGGCGACAGUGACAGUGACGAUCACGGCCGUGGCGAUGCGGUUGAUCACGGUCACCACCCAACAGUCGCUAUAAAGACAUGCGGUAUCUGCGUAUCCUCACUCUACCUUGACCCCACCACUUCGCUCGCUCGCAUUCGUCCUUCUCUACUCUCAUUAACUACAUUCGAACAACUAUUAUCUUAUCAACACAUUUUAACACACCACAACGCAAUGCCCUACUACGACAACACCAUUUUCCAAAUGCCGCCUUCGCCGACAUCCUCCUCCUCGUCGCACUCCUCGGGGCCACCACAGACGCCGAACACACCCGAGUUCCAUCUCGGUCAGCUCCAACGGCAACAGCAGCAGCACCCGAACGCCAUGCUGGCGGUCCCAUCCCUGUUACCCGAGUUCGCCGAUGGCGCCGCUUUUGCAACGACGAAGCUUUCGCCCGCACCUACGCCUACGCCUCUCAAACCAACGACCGCCGAGCGUCGCGCAUCUCACAAUGCUGUUGAGCGGGCACGAAGGGAGACUCUGAACGGGCGAUUCCUCGACCUUGCGGGGCUGCUUCCGAAUUUAAAACACCUCCGUCGGCCGUCCAAGUCCGCAAUCGUCAACUCCUCGAUCGCUCACGUGCGUGCAGCCCGUCGGUAUCGCGCGCUUGCCUCUGCCCAGCUGCGUGCACUCAAUUCGGAGUGCGACGGGCUGAGGCGGGAGGUCAACGGGUGGCGGGCACGUGCGGGAAUGCGGCCAGCGACCGUGCCUGUGCGCGACGAAGCGUUCCAUGUUGUGCUCAGCGGCGAGGAGCCCCCCUUCGACCCGCUUGACCUCGACUUUGGCCUCGAGGAGGAGGGCGAGGAGGGUCUUGAGUUUGUGGGCGCCGUCUAUUCGGCCCGGCAGCGCCGACACCGCAGCGGCGGUGUCCCCAGCGAGGCCACGUGCGAAGGCCCUCUUCUCCUCAGUCAUCCCUACGCAGACGGCAGCGCUGGGGCCUCCCAGUCGGCCUCUCCGGCCCGACAAACAUCCGGCUCCCCGACGCCAACGCAGCCGAUGCCCAGUUCUGGCUUCCACCAUACACCAGCAUUCGAAAAUUUCACGCCGCACGACCACACGUGGGCUUAUGCUCACCCCACCGCCAACACCAACGCAUGGUGA